AUGUGGAGACGGUUGAUGAGCAGUGCUGGGCGUGCUGGGAAAAGUGCGCCACUGGCGCCGUACUACAGCGCGGAGAUGUUGAAGGCGGUCGAGUUGGGAGAGUCCGUGUUGCCCUCUUGGAUGCGUGAGGGUGCUGGUGCUGGCGGUGCCGGCGGCCGUGACGAUGUUGCUAGAGUGGACGGGUUUUGGGACUACGACCCGCGAGUACCGCACGAGCACGCGGCGCAGACCGGUUCUCAACAGGUGUACACGCCGUCGAACAGCGGUGUCCAGGGGAACGGCACUGCGCGACCGCUGCCCCCACCUGGGUCCAACGGUGCAGUGUACCCUGACGAGGUGCUGCAGUUGGCUACGCAGACGCGGAUCUCGAAAAUGGCGCUUCUGGCCGCUGGGAUCCACCGACAGACGCAGACGGACCCGGCGUACGUGUCGCGGCGUCUACAGAUGAAGCCAUUAGUGUUGAAACGGGUGUCGAACCAGACCGGGAAGGGUAAGAUUGCGUCACAUUACGCGCUGUGUGUAGUUGGAGACCGUAACGGGAUGGUCGGGCUCGGGGAGGGCAAGUCCCGUGCGGACAUGGCGAAAGCAUUGGGGAAGGCCCAUUGGGACGCUAUCCGGAACCUGACUGCCGUCGAACGGUUCGAGGACCGUACGGUGUUGCGGGACACGGAUUACAAGUUCCAUGGGUCUCGGCUGUUCGUGCGGCGGCGCGAGGCAGGGUUCGGCGUUCGCACUAACCAUGUCAUCUUCGAGAUAUGCCAACUCGCGGGGAUCAAGGACCUCAGUGCGAAAGUGUACGGUUCCCGUAACGAGAUGAACAUCGCGAAGGGGUUCCUAGAGCUUCUGACGACCGCCCAGGGAUCUCUGAGGGAUAUCGCCGCUGGGAGAGGCAAGAAGAUCGUCGACGUGAGGAAGACCUACUACGGUGGGGGGUGGAACCAAGAGAACUCAAUUGCACACACACACACACACACACACAUGUACAUAGGCAAGAUGGGACACCAUGCCCACCCAGACAUAAGUAGCCACGACGCAGGACCUCUGUGUCCCUCGCCAUCCAUCACUUUAACACCAUAUUCUAUAAAGAACAGACCUCUUAACACCAGAGACCAUCGAGGAAGCGCACUGACAAACGGCAAGGUGUCUACGCGGCAACGAUGA